AUUCUAGAAACAUAAACAAUCUCUCUCCGCUUUUCAGAAAGAACAGAUCUUUCUCUCUCUAUCUGUACCUUCGUCAAACUAACUAAGAUGGCCCGUACAAAACAGACUGCUCGUAAAUCUACUGGAGGAAAGGCUCCUAGGAAGCAGCUUGCAACAAAGGCUGCUCGUAAGUCUGCUCCUACAACUGGAGGUGUUAAGAAGCCUCAUAGAUACAGACCUGGAACAGUUGCCCUUCGUGAAAUCCGUAAGUACCAGAAGAGCACAGAGCUACUGAUAAGGAAAUUGCCAUUCCAGAGGCUUGUUCGUGAAAUUGCUCAGGAUUUUAAGACUGAUUUGAGGUUUCAGAGCCACGCAGUGUUGGCAUUGCAGGAGGCUGCAGAGGCCUACCUUGUUGGUCUGUUUGAAGACACUAACCUUUGCGCGAUACAUGCUAAACGUGUGACGAUCAUGCCUAAGGAUAUCCAGCUUGCUAGGAGGAUUAGGGGUGAAAGGGCUUAAGUAAGAGAUGGUGUUGGUUUUUGUGAAAAUUGAACAUUUAAUUUCUCUAAUGUUUGCAAGUAGUAGUAAUAGUUAGAUAUUCUCUCUUAAUAUGUUUGUUGGAUUUUAUCUUGAAUGGUGUAUGGAGUAUUGGUUUUAAGAAACAUAUUAUGACU